UUUCAGAUUUGGAAUAUGGAUUCGGUUUGAUUGUGUAGAAUUCAUCGUUUAAAUACUUAGUUUUAACAAGUUUUUAAAGCUAAAGCAUGAGCACUGAGCCAUGCCAAUCUGGAGCUACUACCGAAAAUGUCAACGCAAAUGCUAAAACUGUGAAGCUCAAUCCGUCACCCAUAUAUUUAUUUGGCUGGGGAAUUUUUCAACCAAGAUGCUUACAGCAAGUAAUGAACAAUGCAAAAGCUUUUCUUGUGUUGCUUACUCUCGCAAAUACCAUNCAGGGUGUCAUCAUAAAUGGACNNCUAAAGCUUAGCAUCACUUCAAUAGAAAGAAGAUUCAACUUGUUAAGUUCCGAAUCCGGUUUAAUUGUCAGUGGUUACGACAUCGCUGGCUGCUUAACUCUUCUACCCAUCAGUUACCUUGGUGGAAAAGGUCAUAAGCCAAGAUGGAUUGGUAUUGGAUUAAUACUCACAAGUCUUGGUUCAUUGGUUCUUGCCUUGCCACAUUUCCUUACAGGUCCUUAUGAAUACAAGGAAGGAAUUCCUGCAAGCUGGCUCAAUGACAGUGAAAAUAAUACCACACGAAUUACGAUGUGCCAUGCGGAUUAUGUGCCUUCAAAUAAAGAAGAUUAUGCAAAUCCAAUAAAAGAUGAAUGUGAAAUGAGACAAAGAAUACUUGGACCUUAUUUCUCUAUAAACCAAAUGAAAUACGUCUUUUUAUUUGGACAACUUUUAUCCGGCAUUGGUUGUACACCACUGGCAGUUCUUGCUGUUACAUUCAUAGAUGAAAGUGUGGAUCCACAAGUCUACCCAGUGUAUAUAGGCAUUUAUUACAUGGGGUCUCUCAUUGGUCCAGCAUGUGGUUUCAUACUUGGUGGUCAAUUACUCAAGAUAUUUACGGAAAUUGGAGUGACGCCAGAUGACAUAGUCCCAGAAAGCCCCCAGUGGGUUGGGGCUUGGUGGUUGGGGUUUGUGAUCAGUGCGGUGAUCCUAUUCAUCAUUGCAAUCCCAGUUCUUGGUUUCCCCAGAAAGUUACCAAGCACUUUAACUCGAAAAUCAACCAUGAUAAAUAUCAAGGGUAUUUACUCAAGUCAGUCUGAGGGGAUUCUAUCAACAUUGGGAGGGAAUGCAAAGUCCACAACUUCUGCAAAUGAUGAUGAACCAUACUGCCAACUCAGUAAGUUGUUUUUUUUGUAG